AUUGUACAGUCGUGGAUCCGCAGUGUCAACAACAGCGGCAGUCGUCGAACACGGACUUCCGGUUUUGUGACGUCACCGGUCUCUACGCAGGACUGAGCACAUUUACAGUACUACUGUAGUAUUUGUUCUCCAUCUGAGGCCACGGAGAUGCGUUUCCGGCAGUGCUUCAAGCUUGACGCGCAGCUCGCUGACGAGCGGAGUCACAGCCGUGAAAGUGGUGAAGGCGGACAUUGUUGUGGUGACUGCCCGGCCCCAGAGGAUGAGCAGGGGCGGUGCACUUAUUUUGAAGGGCUAGAUUUGUUUUUUAUUUUAUUGUAUUUUCAUCUAAGGAAUGAAACGUUUGGGAUAUCGAUAUAUUUUUGUAACAGCAACAAUAAGACGCCGAUGCACCGCGCGGACUCCUCCUCCUGCAGCCACCGGUGAAGUGAGUUCAUUCAGCCGAGGCGAGCGGAGCUCAGCCUGACGAGACGAUGCCAGCGACGUGAAAUCACAACAUCUGCAGGGUGUGCAUCCGAGGCGGCCGGAUUAAGCCUCCGUGGAUCGACCGGGCUUUUGUUCGUAGGCCACAGGAACAAAAAAAAACCACGGGGCGACUGUUGCCUUCAAAAUAUUGCGAGGGGAGGUAAAACGAGGACAGUUGCAUCGCUGGAGGCCUUUUGGAGAACACAGCCUGCUGCUGAGAGGAUGACAGAUUGACAUUAAUGAGGGUUUGCGGUGCAUUUUCAUACACGACCUCAUUAAGGCAUUAUCCACGGAGAAGAAGACAGAAGUCGCUGCGCCUCGAAGACAGCCGUCUAAAUAAAGACAUCACAUGUUUCUGCCUUGAUUUGGCCUCUGGUGCUGCAGGGAUUGCAUAUGGUCUUCAUGACACCCAAACACCGAAUGAACAUGAAGGCGAGGAUGUGACGACUCCAUGUUGAGCUCCGAGGUAUCGUCUCAGCGCUUCGAAUAGCUUCUCAGGUCCCCUCGAGGUUUAGGUCUUGCAUAGAAAAUGGGCAGCGAAGGUGAGAUGAUAAACAGAGAACUGUCAAAGAUGUCCGACGAGGAUUUGCUGGCGUGCUCCAAAGAGGAGCUGCUGAGCCGGCUGCGUAAAGAGGAGUCGGAGAAGAUGUCAGCCCUCAUCCAGCGAGGGCGACUGAUAAAAGAGGUGAAUAAACAGCUGCAGGGACACCUCCUCGAGAUCAGGGAACUGAAAGUCAUCAACCAGCGGCUGCAGGAGGAGAACGUGGAGCUGCGGGACCUGUGCUGCUUCCUGGACGACGACCGGCUCAAAGUGAAGAAGCUGGCCAGGGAAUGGCAGCUGUUCGGCCACCACGCCGCCAAAGUGAUGCGGGAGGACCUGGGCGGGUACUUGAAGAAGCUCGCCGACCUGGAGCGCAUGCAGGACGGCCUGGUGAAGGAGAACAUCGACCUGAAGGAGCUGUGUCUGGUGCUGGAGGAGGAGUGUGUCAGCAGGAGCGACUCCAGCCCCGGCGGGUCCACCGAGCUCAACCUGCCCUGCAUGGUGGCCCGGGACCUGGGGGACGGGAGCUCGAGCACAGGCAGCGUGGGAAGCCCCGACCAGCUCCACCUGGUGUGCUCACCUGAUGACUGAUGACAGAUGUGUGUCGGCAGUCUGGACCUCUCCGACCUGACUAACCUUGACAGGAUGGUGACACGGACACAGAAGCUUUGUCAGACAGUACAACUCAAGCUGGUGCAAAAUGCAUAAGGGCCUUCUGAAUGCUGCAAAGAUGCGUGUGCCAUUAGGUUGCAGCUUGACGAAGAUUCCUCAUAGACAUUUUUAGGACUUUACAAAGGACAUUCAUUAGAUGUUUGCCAGAUGAUAAUGUAUUUAAAUUUCACAGUGCUUUUUCUAAAGACUCGUCUGUUUUUGGGGAAAUUCUUUUUCAGUGGUCUGUUGUUGGAAAAAAAAUGAAAAAAGGAUGGGACCAAAAAAGUGGGUCACAAAUAUAAAUUUAUCUCAUGCACUGGACUAGCCCACACUGGUAGAAGCCUUUUUCCUAUUGCACUGGACAGCGUUACAAUUGGAUCUUUACAUCCCAGAUCUAAAGAUCCAUUUCAAUCCAGUUUUGAGCCAUAUUAAGUCCUCUGAAUUCCAAUAGCACUGACAGAGAUGAUGAGUUGUGAUAAACAGAAAAAAUAUGAGACUAUUUGAUAUUUGCUUUUGCUAGAUGCCCAAUAAUGUGUAAUAUUUUAUGCACUCUCUUCCUCAGGACAGGAUUGGAGUGCCAUAUGUGCAUGAUGAUUGUCACACGUUGUACAGGCCUGUGAAGCAGACUGGUGUUGAAGGCCCUUCAGGUUCACUGCAGGUGGGGCUGCUGUGUAUAACGUUAACGUGCUGGAGCCUGCAAGCCAGCGCACUUGUUAAGACAUGAUAAAUGUCCCUGGACCUCACUCGGAGCUGAACUGAGUCAGUUCUGACACGUUUUUUAAAUCCAACUGGGAACUCUUUUUAUCAAACUGGAAGGUCUACAAGUUUUAAUUAUUUCUAUUCUCUUCUCCUCUAUCCAAGCCAAGCUCUUUAAAUUCACUCGUAGGACUUUUUAUUUUUCUUACCUAUUUGUCGCUGAUGUUUUAUUAGCAUAUCACAAUUUGUUUAAGUUGGGCAAAGGUCAGACUCCUCCUCUGUAACUCAUGCUUUGUAUUUACCCUGUAACUUUAGCGAUCUUAACUUUCCUAACUUUGACCCUCAUUUAUCUUGAUUUAUCUGUUUUAACUAGCAUUACUUACCAAUAUCAGUUUAAAUCAUAGCUAAUGCACAUGGAUUAGAAACGAUUUAUUUUGUCGUUAGCUGUUUUUAUUGGUGGGCAAUGCUCAUAGAGCAUUGGAGAGCUUUUAAUACAGUGGGAAUGACACUUG